CGAGAACAAUCACCUCACCGACCGCCAUUCCCAAUUUUGAUUCUCUCCGUCCCGGAAUCGCUUGAAUUCACCGUCAGUUGCAAUGGCGUCCAGAUUCGCUUCCAGACUCAUAGCGCGCAGGUUCUCAAGCGGAGGGAAGGUACUCGGCGAGGAGGAGAAGGCUGCGGAGAAUGUUUACAUUAAGAAAAUAGAACAAGAGAAACUGCCGAAGCUUGCACGAAAGGGACCCCAACCAGAGGAAAAGCCAGCUGCUGCAGGUUCAGGAGGGUCGGUGACUGAUGCUAAGCCGAGUAGCUCUACAACAUCAGGAGCAUCAACAAAAAAAGUAUCUACUCAUAAAUAUCGAAACUAUGCUGUUGUAGCUGGUGCUGUAACUGGUCUUGGUGCUCUGGGAUGGUAUCUCAAAUCUCGUGGAGACAAGGUAGAAGUCCAGGGGGGGUGAGGUUGGUGUGCUGUAGAAUGGAUAUGGGUAGUAGAUGGUGACAUGAAAAUAAGUCAUGCUGUAUGAACAAUUUAUGCCAUUAUAUUUACUUGGAUUCUUUUGUUUUUUCGGGAUGUUUUACUUUCAGGAAUUUGAAGUAUUCUGAGAUGGAGAUUUAAAACCGUAUCUUUAGACAUGAGAGGUUAUUAAUAUCUGAUUAAAUUACAAAAUGAUUU